AUGUUCGAUGGACUUCGAUUCGUAGUUGCAACGAAAAAACAUGCUGAGAAUAUCGAAAAAUUUAUGUUCUCCGACUUUGGCAUCAAUAAGCCUAUCACACGCUCGUUAGCUGCAACACCGACUGAUUUGCGUGAUUUCUUUCAUGAUUUAGCUGAGUCCGGCUAUUCUAAUGAGAAAUAUUCCACCAUUGUUUAUGAUAAUGAAAGGAAAAACAAGGUUCUUUACUCGGAAGCGGUAGCAAAGUAUUCAAAGUCGACGUUAUUGCCGUUAAUAACGAUUACAGAGGGUAAGCAGCUGACUCGGCGGGCAAUAGAGACGGCGAAGAAUGCAGGACGCAAUUGGGUCGCAACUGCAGCCACUGCAUCUGCUUCUCAAGGAGUUUUUUCACGGUUAGGCUUCGAAACUCUCUACGAAAUUCCUUACACCACAUUUCGUGAGAAUGGAGUCGCUGUGUUUCAUAAUCUACAUGAUGGAUGUCAAAGUGGCAAAUUUAUGCCAUUACGGGGGUGGGGGAACGAAAGGAGGACCGGUAACGGCAGAGUGGGCAAUCCAAUUCGCUCGGCGGCAGCAGCGCGGUUCGCAUUGGGACCCACGCGGAUUACGGUAGAUCCCGCUCCAAGUGUCCGCCAAAGCACUUUCCGUUACCGGUUCGAAUGUCAAGAGGUCUUGCGGCUAUGGAUAACUGUUUGGCUAUCUCCUCUUUGUGCACCGUUUCUUGUGUACCCAUGUUUUAAGCCUAAACAUAGUUAUCUGAAUCUAACAGGGGUGGACUACUGUCCGGCAGCCAUUGAACUAGCUAUCGCAUCUCGAAAGAAGACCCUGAAUUGGAUAUCAGUUUUAAGUGCAGCAACGAAGCUUCUGAAUUACUUGAUGAUCUGUACUUCGCAUUAA